CGUCUAUGGUAUAGUAAAGUAGUAAAUAGAAAAAUAAAUAAUAGUAAAUUCUGUAUAAUGUGGAAAUAUUUAUUAAGACGAUUUCGAGAAACCGUCGAACGUAGUGUAAAUUGUUUCGAUAAACGCAGUACAACAACUGGUAUAGUCAAUUCGAUUGGUAAUAUACCAGAAGAAAAUAAUAACCAAACCGGCCCACCUUGCCGUUGGUUUCUUUCUUAUAAGAAAUGUUGGAAGUCAUUUAGUGACGACAACGGUGCUAAUAGUAAGAAAUGGAAUUUCGAAAACCUCAAUCAUUCCUAUACUUGGCUAGGUGCCAUAACAUGGAGUGGAGUACUUGUAAUGGGAUGGUACGCAACUCAGCUUACUUAUUUGAAGCAUAAAUAUCAUUCAAAACAAUGUAAGAAUAAAAAUACAAAACCCAUUAGUAACUUGCUGUCGAUUUUGUAUCCAUAUGUUUCUUGUGUCAACAAGAAUCCAGGUUCCUUGAACUCCUCCAGUAAAAUAGAGAGUGUUAUAAGAAACUUUACUCCCACUGUUCAUUUGAUGUCAAAUGAUAAUCUUGAUAGCCAUGAAAAGAGUAAUAGUGAUACUAAUGAGGAUGAUCCAACAGUAAAGGAAUUCAAGAAUGUGCUUAACGUAAUUGAGAAUAAGUUGGCACUCUCUGCAAUUGAAAAUGGUCAAGCCAAAGAUGGAUUGAAAUUACUAAGAUCUGCUGCUAAUCGAAAUUAUGCACCAGCACUAUAUAAUUUGGGAUUAUGCUAUGAGAAGGGUAUUGGAGUUCAAGUUGACGAAAAAAUGGCAAUGCAGCUGUAUCAAUCUGCUGCUGUUCUUGAGCAUCCCGAUGCCCUGUAUAACUUGGGUGUCUAUUAUGGGCAAGGAAGAGGAGGCUUAAUAAAGGAUACAGAAAUGGGAACCCGACUGUUACGUCUAGCUGCUGUUCAAGGACAUGAAACUGCUGUAAAGGCCCUCAAAUCACUGGAUGGGGAUAUGCCGAGCAUUGUUCAAGAGAAUAAAAUGGAUAUGUGGAAUUUUAAUUAUUCACCUCUUGUACAUGCUGGCAAUAUUGCACAUACAACACUUUUUGUUGAGAAUGUAAACUAUUUGAAUUCUCAAAAAUAUGUGCAGGAACUUGUAUUCUAAUUUUGUAAAUUUCCUUAAUAUUGGUGAGGGAUUAUUUGCUAGAUACGUAAAUAAAAUUUAGUAGGGAUUUGGACUAUUUCAUUGUACAAUAUAUAAAAUUUCUAUAGAAUCCCGAUAAAGAUUGUCAGUCCUGAACUUUUGUUAUUACGUAAGUAAAACAUAGCGUUUUCGCAUAUUAUUAUAACGCAGUAAUGCCACGUACUUACGGUAUUAAGUAUGCAGAAAUUUAUCUGCAGUCAUUUAUAUUAUACAUACUUUGGAGCCAGUUUAAAGUAGAAAUCUCAGACUAAUGUGAACUCUAUGUUAUUAUUAGUGGGGGCGCCACCUGAGAAUAAAAUGGACAUAUGCCAUAAUUUUACUAACAUGUAAUAUAUAAUAUUUUUGUAAUAUGGUUCGUAGGUUACCCUAGAGUUCUUUAAAAAGGGCGUUGUAAGUUUUUUACGGCGGUAUCAGGUACGCUUGCUUGUCACCAUUGUUGUGAUAUAAAAAAAACAUGUUUCUGCUUUUGGUUUCUUAUCAUCUAUUCCGCCUGAAUCUAUUUCUGAUUUAUGUAUAUUUGCGUCAUAGUUGAUUAUGCAAGUAAACACCGUAAAUUAUGAACAAUCAUUGUGUGAUGGGAAACCAUCAUUAGUUCACUGAAAAUGCGAUCCAUUGCUAGUGCCAGCUUGCUAAUCUAUUCAUAAUUUUGAAUUUAUUGAUACCAAACUGGUAUUAGCUGCGGGACUUCCGUGUGGGUUCAAUACUUUAAAUAUCCAUUUGUCUGCUUAGGUUUAUGUACAUCAAUUUUUAUAUAUUUAUUAUUCUAUUUAGUUAGUAAGUGUAUUGUGAUUUCUUGACUUAAAUAUAAAUUUGUUAACAAAUAAAAAUAUACAACAGAAUAAUAUUAUAAUUGUAUAAAUCUAAUGUAUUUAAUACAAUAAAAAAACAGUUCUUUAUAUACGAUAUUUAGAUAUUUUUUAUAAUUAAAUAGAACUAGAACUCUAUUCUCACUGCUAUGAGAUGAAAAACAUAUGUGAAAUAUACCUAUUACAAAGUUUAUUUUUCAACAUUUCGUAAAUUGAUAAUUACAAAUGU